AUGGACAACCCCUCUCACCCGCUGCAUGAGACUUUUUGGAGAUUUGGAAAAUGGGUGGAAGUUGUCGUCGAUGACUUGUUGCCAACUUUCAGGGAGCAGCUUGUGUCAGUUUCCUCCAGGUCUGGAUCAGAGUUCUGGGCUCCUCUGCUGGAGAAAGCAUACGCUAAGGUUUGUGGAUCUUAUGGAGACAUGAUCGCUGGCCUCCCACCUGAAUCCUUGAAGGACUUCAGUGGGGGUGUGCACAUGAACUACAAACUGUACAAAGCCCCAUCUGACCUGUGGGAUGUCAUGAUCAGGGCCACGCAGUGCAACACCAUGAUGGGAUGUGGAACUUUUGAUGGGGAGAAAGGAGAAGAGUACAGCAACACGUUCGGUCUGGUGGCCGGUCAUGCCUUCGCUGUAACAGGAGUCAAGCAGGUCAUGAGUCAAGGAAAAGAGGUGAAUCUGGUGAGGAUCUGGAACCCGUGGGGUGAGAAAGAGUGGAUCGGAGAUUGGAGUGACCAGUCAACUCAGUGGAGUACUGUGAGCAAUGAGGUCAAGGAGGAGUGUUUGAAAGUGCGCGAUGAUGGAGAAUUCUGGAUGACGUUGGAGGACUUCUGCGCCUAUUUCGAAGAGCUGGACAUCUGCUGCGACAGCCCCAACUUUGUGGAUGAUGACGCUGCGUGCCAGUGGAACUGUACACUGAAAGAAGGCCGCUGGGAGGCUGGAAAAUCCGCUGGAGCGUGUUGCUCAGCAGUCAAGAACUGGCAGAAGACACCCCAGACUGCACAGGUGAACAUCCAGGAUCUGGACAUCGAGAUGGUGGAGACCUAUAGAUUCCUGGUUCACCUCAACAAUAAACUGGACUGGUCCAACAACACAGAUGUCCUUGGUCUGGUGGGGAGGAGGGAGCACAGACAGGUCAGGAGGGCCGGUUCUGUCCUGGACUGCUCCCUGGACCCCAUAGAGGAGUUCGACACCCCUGCUGUGGGGGCUUUCAGUAGCUCCUUCAACAGCNUGCACUUUUCUUCAGAGGAGUUCUGGAUAAAUCCACAGUACCGCCUCACAGUGAAAGACAGCAGAGGAGGCAACAACAUCUUACUGUCUCUGAUGCAGAAACCUGAUGAAGAAUUUCGCAGCAAAGUUAAAUAUCACUACAUCGGGUUCAACAUCUUCAUGGUGCCACCAGGGGCACCCAAAGGGCGACUUCCAUCGUCGCUCUUCAACGUUAAAUCACCACUUAAAAUCAGCGCGUUUGAUGAGACAAGGGAGCUGAUUGAGAUGCAUAGUUUGGAGCCGGGAGAGUACUUGAUCGUUCCCAGCACAUUUGAUCCCGACAAGACGUCAGGUUUCAUCAUCACCAUCUACUCCAAAGCAGAGACCGAGCUGGAGUGAGGACACCUGAGUGUCAGCAGAUGGAGAACGACAAAGUUUUGUCAAAGUUCUGCAACAAUUACAGUAUGCAAUAAUAACAAUUGCAAUAAUGACCAUUAAAAGCCAUUUACUCAUUUUGACUUGA